GUGAAGAGAGAGAUCAGCGGUGUGCUUUAUCAUGAGUCAACGCACGUGUGGCAGUGGAAUGGGAAUGGUCAAGCUCCUGGGGGUUUGAUUGAAGGAAUUGCUGAUUACGUGAGGCUGAAGGCAGGGUUUGUGCCAAGCCAUUGGGUUCAGCCAGGGCAAGGGAAUAGGUGGGACCAGGGCUAUGAUGUUACUGCUAGGUUUUUGGACUAUUUGAAUGGUCGGAGAAGUGGGUUUGUGGCAGAACUCAAUAAGAAAUUGAGGAGUGGUUAUAGUGCUAAGUAUUUUGUUGAUUUGCUGGGGAAGAAUGUUGAUCAGCUUUGGAGUGAUUACAAGGCCAAGUACGCACAAAAUUAAAAGCUGGUCUAGCUGAUUUAAGUGAAUAAAAUGU